AUGGGAAGCAAUGGCAGCAGGACACUGGAUGACCUGCAGACGUUGGAGAUUCACCACUGGUACAAGAAGUUCAUGACGGAGUGUCCCUCUGGGCAGCUGACGGAGCACGAAUUCAAGCAUUUCUUUGGACUCCGAGGCCUGGACCCAGAGGCCAACCACUACAUCGAGCAGAUGUUCCACACCUUCGAUAUGAACAAGGAUGGCCACAUUGACUUCAUGGAGUACGUGGCCGCCCUCAGCCUUAUCCUGCGAGGAAAGAUGGAACAGAAGUUGCGCUGGUACUUCAAACUCUACGAUGUAGAUGGAAACGGCUGCAUUGACCGUAGUGAAUUGCUCAAUAUCAUCAAGGCAAUCCGUGCCAUCAAUGGCUGCGACCACGAGACGAGCGCAGAGGAAUUCACCAACCGUGUCUUCAACAGGAUUGAUGUCAAUGGCGACGGCGAGCUCUCUCUGGAGGAGUUCAUUGAAGGCGCGAGGAAAGACGACGAGUUCAUGGAGGUGAUGAUGAAGAGCCUAGAUCUGGAGCACAUUGUGUCCAUGAUCAACAGCCGGCGGCGAAAUAGCGUCUAGCAGCUGGACAGGAAUGCAGGGGGGGGGGGAGUGAGCAUCCUCAGGUGUUGGAAGCAGCAGAGAAAUACCUGGAGGAGGAGGAGGAAUCCCGGAGGGUAGAUGAGUUUGGUGGAAUGGGAGCAAGGUGCAUUUGUGGAACAAGCAAAGGAGCAUGACCUGAAUGGAGAAGUGGUCCACAGGCCGUUUUCACCUGCUCUCCCGACUGCCUAGACGUGGGAGGUUAAGCCAGUCUGAGCGUGGGACCUUCUAGUUUUACGAACG